AUGAGCAACCCGAAGACCACAAGGGAGUUGGUCGGAGCCGUCGAGCUGGCGGAAGCCUCAUUCGCCCGGGACGCAGGAGAGAGAGAGAGGAUGGCACCCCGGAGGGGCAGGCGACCGCCGGAGAGUACCCCCCGACCAGAGAGCAGGCCGGCGGCCCCCGACCCCGUGGACGAGCCGAUGCCCACCGAACAGCCGUUCCCCGGCGCCCGGGCGUGGAUGGCGGGAUGUGCCGUCCACCAGAGCGUGCCACGGGGAGCCCCAACAAGGGUUAUUCAAGUGGGGAAAAGAACCUACCGGGCACUCCUCGACUCAGGCAGCGCGAUCACAUUGGUUCAGCCGGCCGUGGUCCGGCCGCUGCCCGAGAGCAAGGCGACUGUUCCCAUCACCUGUAUCAACGGCGACACCCAGUACGUAGCGUCUCGACGAGUAGCCAUCACCGCAGAGCCAGGGACUUGGCAGGUGGAGGUGGGCAUCGUCCCGGACCUCCCGGUGCCGGUGGUACUUGGCCGGGAUUGGCCCGGAUUCGAGCGCCUCUUGGCCACCACAGUACGGGAGGUGCGGAACGGAGGGUGCCGCCGAAGACGUCGUGGGCCAAAACCCCGAGACCAGCAGCAGUCCCUACUGGCCACCGGAAGCGACCGAGAGGGUGAGUGCCACCGUCCCCCUCCUAACGUGUUUUUGGAUUUGUUCCAGCAGGUCCGAGUCCUGGAUGGGAAAGAUCGACUCCCCACGCCUCACCCUCUUCCCCACUUCGUGGUCAAGAACGGCCUGCUCUACUGUGUCGCGGAGCGGCGGGGGGAGGUUAAACAUCUCUUAGUGGUGCCGAGGACCAAGACGGAAGCUGUGCUCGAGCUAGCCCACUCCCAUCCAAUGGCCGGCCACCUGGGAGCUCAGAACACAUUGCAACGGAUCCGAGACAGGUUCCACUGGCCAGGGAUCGACAGGGACGUCAAGGGUUUUUGCCAGAGUUGUCCUACAUGCCAGCGGAAAUCGCCUCGGCACCCACCCCCCAGCCCACUGAUUCCGAUGCCCAUCAUCGAGGUACCCUUCGGCCGGAUCGGCAUGGACCUGGUAGGGCCAUUGCCGAAGUCCGCCCGAGGUCAUGAACAUAUCCUGGUCAUUGUGGAUUACGCGACGAGAUACCCAGAAGCCAUCCCACUCCGGAAAGCAACGGCCAAAAACAUCGCCAAGGAGUUAUUCCUGAUGUUCAGCCGGGUGGGUAUCCCCGCUGAGAUCCUGACGGACCAGGGCACUCCUUUCAUGUCCCGGAUGAUGAACGACCUCUGCCAGCUUUUACGGAUCCAGCAGCUCCGAACGUCAGUGUACCAUCCUCAGACCGACGGGCUGGUCGAACGGUUCAACCAGACCCUGAAACGGAUGCUCCGCCGAGUGGUGACGGAAGACAGGCGAGACUGGGACCUCCUGCUGCCCUACGUCCUCUUCGGAAUUCGGGAAGUUCCCCAGGCAUCCACAGGAUUCACCCCGUUUGAACUGCUGUUAGGGCGGCAGCCACGGGGACUACUGGAUAUCGCCCGAGAAGCGUGGGAGCAGCAGCCUGCACCGCACCAGACGGUGAUCGAACACGUCAGGGAGAUGCGUGAGAGGAUCGACCGGGUGAUGCCUCUGGUGCAACAACACCUGGCGGAGGCCCAGCGCGCCCAACAGAGGUCGUAUGACCGGCCCAACCAGGCCAGAGAAUUCCAACCCGGGGAUCGGGUACUUGUCCUCGUGCCCACUUCCACGUCGAAGUUCCUGGCGUCCUGGCAAGGGCCUUACACCGUCGUGGAGAGGGUAGGGCUGGUCACAUACCGACUCCGUCAGCCGGGACGAAGGAAGGAGGAAAAGGUAUAUCACAUCAACCUACUCAAGAAGUGGACCGCGCCUCGGGAGCAGAUGGCUGCCUUCGCCCAGGAAGCCGAACCAGUUGUGGACCUAGGAAAGCAGCUGUCGGCUCCCCAGAAAACGGAGCUGGAGGCCCUGAUCCGUCAAUACCGGGAUGUGUUCACGGAGAGCCCGGGGAGGACUCAGGUCAUCCAACACGAGAUUCACACGGCCCCGGGAGUCGUCGUGCGGCAACGGCCCUACCGCGUACCGGAAGCCCGUCGGAAGGCUAUCGAAGAGGAGGUACAACGGAUGCUUCAACUAGGGGUCAUCGAAGUUUCCCGUAGCCCGUGGUCCAGCCCAAUCGUGAUGGUCCCAAAGCAAGACGGCACCCUCCGGUUCUGUAAUGACUACCGCAAGCUAAAUGAGGUCUCUUCGUUUGAUGGCUACCCCAUGCCACGGGUGGACGAGCUGCUCGACCGCCUCGGUAGGGCUCGGUACAUUUCGACACUAGACCUCACCAAAGGUUAUUGGCAAGUACCUCUAGCAGCUGACGCCAAGGAGAAGACCGCCUUCAGCACCCCCAACGGUCACUGGCAGUACCGAGUCCUACCGUUUGGCCUACACGGAGCCCCCGCGACAAUCCAAAGAAUGAUGAACAUUAUACUCCGGCCCCACCAGCAAUACGCCGCAGCCUAUAUUGACGAUGUGGUAAUCCAUGCAGAAAGCUGGGAAGCACACCUCGAACGGCUCCGGAGGGUGUUCGACGAGCUGCGUCGGGCUGGACUCACAGCCAACCCCAAGAAGUGCCACCUGGGUCUUUCUGAAGCCAAGUUCCUGGGGUAUCAGAUCGGCCGGGGACUCAUCAGGCCGCAAGAGAAGAAAGUGGAGGCUGUAAGAUCGGCGGCCCGGCCGACGACCAAGACCCAGGUACGAGCAUUUCUGGGGUUGGCGGGCUACUACCGUUGCUUCAUUCCACACUUCUCUUCGAUAGCCAGCCCCCUGACAGACCUGACGAAGAAGGGACAACCUGAGACCCUGGUCUGGACGGCCAAGGCAGAGGCCGCAUUCCGGGACCUGAAGCGAGCCCUCACCUCAUCCCCAGUCCUGUAUGCCCCGGACUUCGGCUGUCAGUUCAUCCUACAGACAGACGCCUCCGAUACGGGGCUGGGGGCUGUCCUAUCGCAGGUCCUGGAAGGGGAGGAACAUCCAGUCACAUAUAUAAGCCGUAAGCUAUCCCCUGCCGAGACCCGAUACGCCGCCGUGGAGAAAGAGGCCCUGGCCGUGAAGUGGGCAGUCCUGGAGCUGCGCUACUACCUUCUGGGCCGAAGCUUCACGCUUAUCACAGACCACGCACCCCUGCAGUGGAUGGCCCGCGCGAAAGACACCAACGCCCGGGUGACGCGCUGGUUCCUCGCGCUCCAGGACUUCCACUUCACAGUGCAACAUCGUGCUGGGGCCUCAAACGGCAACGCGGACGGCCUGUCUCGGAUGUGGUGUGGCUGGGCAGGUCUGUCAGGCGACACUUCCCUCCCACCCCUUCUAGCGCCCCUAGGAAACCACAGGAGCCACCGGGACACCAGGUCGACGCUUGGGGGGGGGGAGUGUGACGGGGGUACAGGUCCAGGAUCAGCGUCACCUGGGAAACGGCCCGGCAGCUAA